CUAUUUUAAGCAUUUGAUCAUUAUAGGACUAACUCAUAUUUUCGUUAUAGACACUGGCAAGCAAUAGAGUCUAUGACAGAAUGGCAAAAACGUGUUGCGGACCCAAGUCUGUGAAUAGCCUAUUAUGUAAAUCAGUUUACAUCCUGCCUCCGCCCAUACCGUCCAUCACUGUGGAACUGUGAGGUCGCGCAAGUACGAAAGUAGUCUGUCAGUCGCCAAUAGGUUGGACACUUGUCAGAGAUAUAGGUACAUCAAAAACAGUAUGCUCUGGAAAGUAACGGUUUGCUGUGGCGCUUGGUUACUGGUUCUGAUCUUCAGUGGUGCCAUCAGUGCAAAAUCCCAGCGCGAUCCCAGGACUGUGACUUUCACGCGGACGCUGCGCACUGAGAAGUUGGGUCAAGUGCGUUCCCGGAGCCGAAGGGAAAGCUGGUUUGGCGCGUCCAACUUUGCGUACUGCAGACAACCUUUAGAUCCAUCAGAACAUCAAACGCUGGACCAGAACACCCAUGAGACAGGGUUCCAUGGUGAUGAUGGAUCUAGCUUCACUUUAACAUGGGUUGGCGAUGGCACUGGAGUGAUUCUUGUUUUAUCCACCAUCAGUGGACCACUGGAUACAUUCUAUGAAGGAGGAUCCUCACGCCUCUAUCGGAGUGAGGACUAUGGAAAAACCUUUCACGAUAUCUCACACGUCAUCAACAACACGUUCAUUCGGAAGGACUUUGGGGUCAGUGCCGGACCUGGAAACUCAAAACAGGUGAUUCUCACAGCUGAUCUUCCUAUCACCAAGACUGAAGGGGGUGUCAUUUUCACCUCGGAAGAUACAGGCGUGUCCUUCACAUCUGUCAGUCUGCCUUUUCACCCUGCUCAGCCAAUCACCUUCAACUUCCAGAAUCCCAACUAUCUUGUGGCUAUAAGCACUGAUGGAGGCCUGUGGCUCUCACUGGACUUUGGGAACAGAUGGACGAAAGUCCACGAGGGAGCCCAUUCUUUUAUGUGGGGUGCAAACAUCACUCUUUACUUCAGCUACAGUCCCAACGGCACAGUUGAGGCUGAUCAAAGAGGAGAGCUGUUCUUGAAACGGACAAAGGAUCUUGGCCUGACUUUCACAACCAUUGCACAGAAUAUCUUCUCCUUUGGCUACAUAGGAGGGUUCCUCUUUACUUCAGUUAUGGAGAAACUGGGGUCACCACGUGUCAUCUAUGUAUCAUCUGACCAGGGGGACAAAUUCAACAAAGCUCAACUCCCCUCUGCCUCCACAGAACAGUUCUACUCUGUCCUGGAUGGGGAUGAAGACAUGAUCUUCAUGCACGUGGACAAACCUGGAGAGGACACCUACUAUGGGACGGUGUACACGUCAGAUGACCGGGGCAUCCUGUACUCCAAGUCUCUUGAGCGCCACCUGUUUGGUGGGGAGGGGAAAAGCGACUUCACAAACAUCACAUCGCUCAGAGGAGUUUACCUCACCAACGUACUGGAAGAAGAUGGCGGCAUUCGGACUGUCAUCUCAUUCGACAGAGGAGGAGAGUGGAGACUUCUGAAGAAGCCUGAGAAUGUCAAAUGUGGGGCGAAUGUUAAAAAGUGCAACCUGCACAUCCAUGGGGAGCACAGCCGCUACAACAACAUCACCCCAAUGCUGCCUCUCACUGACCCCACCGCCAUCGGACUGGUCAUCGCUCACGGCAGUGUGGGUGAGUCUAUGUCUGCGAUGCGGCCUGAUGUAUACAUCUCCAGGGAUGGGGGCUACACCUGGUUCUGCAUCCUGAAGGGACCCCAUCACUACAGCAUAUUGGACUCAGGUGGACUCAUUGUGGCUGUGGAGGCCCACAAGGAUCGGCAGAUCAACUCCAUAAAGUUUUCAACAGAUGAGGGUCAGUGUUGGAAGUCCUAUAAUUUCACUGACCACCCCAUAUUCUUCGCCGGUCUAGCGUCUGAACCUGGCAGUAAAACCAUGAACAUCAGUGUGUGGGGCUAUCGGCCAGAGGAUGAUGAUCAGCCCAUGUGGGUCGCCGUGACCAUUGACUUUGAGCGUCUACUCACCCGAGAGUGUCAAGAAAGGGACUACGUGACCUGGUUGGCUCACGCGACGGAGGGCGGAGAUUCAGAGACAGAUGGGUGUGUCCUAGGCUACAAGGAGACCUAUAGGAGGCUCAGAAGACUGGCCAUCUGCAGGAAUGGGCGGGAUUACGUUGUCGUCAGGAAACAGACACCUUGUCCAUGUACUAUGGAGGAUUACAUGUGUGACUAUGGUUACUAUCGUCAUAAGAACAGCUCAGAGUGUGUGAAACAGGCAGACUUCAAAGAAGAGACCCUCGAAGUGUGUGUGCAUGGAGUGGUGGAAACGCUUCAGACCUCUGGCUAUCGGAAGGUCCCCAGUGAUAAAUGUGAAGGAGGCUUCUCACCCCUGCGGCGGAUCAAUUCAGGUCAGAAGCAUUGUGGGAAUGGCAGUCAGGCCUCGUCCAUCAGUCCCAAUCCUGAGAAACCUGUGGAUUCACUGAAGCUGAUUGUGGUGUGUGUGACCGUGGGUGUUGUCGCUGUGGUAAUUUCUGUGGCAAUUCUCAUCACUGUCAGGAAGAUGAUUUCAAGGCCAAGGCCACAUGCGUAUCUCUUCUCUGCCUUGCGGCUGCAGGAUGAUGAUCAGUGUAUUCACCCCGAGCCUGGAUCCCAGACCAGCAGCAACCGAGGAAGCUACCAGGCAGACUCAGAUGAUGAGCUCAUUCAAUGAUCAAAUGUACAGAAAUGGGAUCUUCAGAUGAGCUAACUUCUAGAAUGAGCUACUCCAGGGUGACUUGCAAUCUUUGGAUUUCUUGUCUAGUCAUGGGGACACAGCUUGGUAGCUUGUCAUGCCUUUAUAAGGACAACUUUGAUGCAGAAAUGUGAAAUCGCACUUAUCUAAACCAGAUAUUUAUUGCUCGACUUUGCUUGAGGCAAUAUUUGCUCGAGGGUUAUUUUCUAUUGAUAAUAUAUUCAGUUCUGUCUGAUCUAAAUGUGAUCAAAACAAGCACUAGGCAUUGGAAUAUGAAAAAAACAAGCACUUGGCAUGAAGACACUUCAACAAUGUCAUGAGAUCAGAACUUAAAUGUAAUGUAAAUUUUACAACGGCAUUGAACACGAUUCAGCCAAUCAUAUUUAAGGACCGGAAGCAUUUUACAAAAUAAGUUUAUUGCAUCUACUGUGAAAAGAACAUGAUCUGUGGUGUCAGCUAUGCAAACUGUCAUUUAAAUAUUUUCAAACCAUAUCUGCAGGAAUAUGUUGAGACUGUUUCCUGUUUCCUGUUUUUUGUUUUUUCUUUCCCGAUAAAAAUGUUAGCUGCUCAAUAUAACUUCUCUGGCUGCAUGUAUUAUGAUAAGUGACGCUGUUUCAAUAAAUAUCCUUUCA